AUGGGUAAACCUCGUGGUAUUCGUACGGCUCGUAAACAUGUCAACCAUCGUCGUGUACAAAAGUGGGCCGACAAGGACUACAAAAAGGCACAUUUGGGAACAAGAUGGAAGGCCAAUCCUUUCGGAGGAGCUUCUCACGCCAAGGGAAUUGUUUUAGAAAAAGUUGGAGUUGAAGCCAAACAGCCCAACUCUGCCAUCCGUAAGUGUGUCCGUGUACAACUUAUCAAGAAUGGAAAGAAAAUCACUGCUUUCGUACCUAGAGAUGGUUGUUUAAAUUAUAUUGAAGAAAAUGACGAAGUAUUAGUAGCUGGAUUCGGUCGAAAGGGUCACGCUGUGGGAGAUAUUCCCGGGGUUCGUUUCAAGGUUGUCAAAGUAGCAAAUGUUUCAUUACUUGCUUUAUACAAAGAAAAGAAGGAGAGGCCUAGGUCUUAA